GCUAGAGACACAGAAUAAAAACAGGCCUUUUGAGAGUGUUUUAAAGGGGCGCAAGUGGGGAUUUUUUAUUUCUUUUUCAUUGUUAAUUCAGAAAGAAAGAUUAGACAGUGAUUAAGAAUUUAAGAUACUGUAAUUCUGAGGACAACAAGGCUGUCAGUUGGGAUUUGGGGUUAUUCUAAAAAGCAAGGAGGCUUUGGCUUGUCACGGUUCCAAACAUUUGAAGUAAGCAAGAUCAACGGCUCCAAAUUCGUUUUCCCCAAUACAGUUUUGAGUAUAGAGAAAUUGCGGGUUUCAGAUCACAAUAACAUCGAACAUACGAUGCGUUUUAAGUGGUUCUUGUCAGUUAUUUACCGGUUAUGGCUCCUCAGAGAGACGAAAUGCCACUCCAAGUAUCUUCUCAAAGCUCUCCGAUCCUCAAACAAACACAAUCUCCAUCCAAUCCCUUCAGGGGUUCCUCCCAGUGGAAUCUUCAAUAUCAGAAGUGGAAGUUUGGGGACUUGGUGGUAAGACUGCAAAGGAAAUCCAGAAUUCAUACAAGAAAAGAGGAGCUUUUCACUGAGCAAAGACGCAAGGUUGACUUAAAAACAUUUUCAAAUUGGGAAGAUUCACCUGAAAAGAUGAUGAUGGAAAUGAUGGCAGCGAGAAGAUCACUGAGCAAUUGAACAACAAG